CUUGAGAAUACCUCUCUAGUCAUGAAAACUGCCCCUUUUUUGUGGGCUGUGUUGGAGAAAGCGCCAGUACGGAAGGUUGCUAUGGUGUGGAAGUCUCUCUCUUACAGGGGAAAACCCUCGGAUGAAUGUGGCGUUUGUGGAUUCUGAACCAGUGUGAGAAUUUCUGAUUAAGAGCCUAGAAAAGUUAUAACAAACUCAUUCUACGAUUAGAAAGGAGAAGAGCUGCUCUCUAGAAUAUGAAUCCAAACCCAGAAAAGUGUUCAGUGAACAAGAACAAUAACUCAGUAGAUUUUCAAAUUGCUGGAGCUUUCCAAAGGCAAGUAAUUUGUUCCAGCAUUGAAGUGAGCAUAAUUAACAGAGACUUUCUUUCUUAGGCCGAUUAACCACCCAAAACCAUGCCAACAUUGUAACUGUAAGCAGUGAAAACCAAUAUUUAUGAGGGGGAUUGUGCAGGAGUUUGUGUGACAGAUGGACGUUUUAUCACCGUUGAUGUUUGGAAUUCCCUUGAAAAAUACAGAUCCACGUGUUUUAGAAAAACAAGAAUUACAGCAGCCAACCUAUGUUGCCCUCAGUUACAUUAAUAGAUUCAUGACGGAUGCUGCCCGCCGAGAGCAGGAGUCCCUAAAGAAGAAGAUUCAGCCGAAGCUCUCGCUGACCUUGUCCAGCUCAGUGUCUCGGGGGAAUGUGUCCACUCCACCACGCCACAGCAGUGGAAGCCUUACUCCCCCCGUGACCCCGCCCAUCACCCCCUCCUCUUCCUUCCGCAGCAGCACUCCAACAGGCAGCGAGUACGACGAGGAGGAGGUGGACUACGAGGAGUCGGACAGCGAUGAGUCCUGGACCACAGAGAGCGCCAUCAGCUCUGAAGCCAUCCUCAGCUCCAUGUGCAUGAAUGGAGGGGAAGAGAAGCCUUUUGCCUGCCCGGUUCCUGGAUGUAAAAAGAGAUACAAGAAUGUGAAUGGCAUAAAGUACCAUGCUAAGAAUGGUCACAGAACACAGAUUCGUGUCCGCAAACCAUUCAAAUGUCGUUGUGGUAAGAGUUACAAGACAGCUCAGGGCCUGCGGCACCACACAAUCAAUUUCCAUCCCCCGGUGUCGGCUGAGAUUAUCAGGAAGAUGCAGCAAUAACACGCUGGUCAUAACUGUGCCAAGAAAUCCUCACCAGCAGUUGCUGAUUUUGAAAACAGCCACCUUUUUUCAGGGGGAGCAUUCAGCAACCCUUUAAAGAAUUAAAUGCAUGCUUUAAAUUUUUUCUGUAAUUUUGGAAUGAUGUAACUUUGUAGAGUUAAUGAUUUUGUACAUUUGCACAUGUAAUCAUCAUACCCAUUUUCAUUACUUUGAUAUAAGGUGCUAAACAAAAAAAAGCUCUAGGUUCUUCAGCACAUUUCCCCAAAAACAAAAUAAAAUUGAGGGCAUGUUGCAUAUUGUUUAGUUGUAUUGCAGUGAUAUCAACUGGGGGGGUGGAGGGGCUGGCACUGAGAUUUUUUUUCCCCAAGAUUGUAAUGUGAUUGAAGUUUUUCAACACAUCAACUCACUACAUUCAAAACCAAAAUAAUACCUUCAUCAUCCAACUGGUUACCAUGCCUUACAUAAUGGAGUUAGUAUUUGUGAGUAGAAAGACUUUAGGUAAUGGAAAUAUAAAUAAGAAAGAAUGUUUAACAUAAUAUGCUAAAAAUAUUUUCAUAUUUAAAUAACAUACAUAAAAGUUGUGCUUUCUGUGUUUUAUAUUAUCUUGCAAAUCCUUCUGCCCUUUAAAAAGCUGAAAAUCUUGCCAUCUGACUCACCAAUCACUUUAGUGUUAUAAAUGGCAUUUUUGUACAAAACAGUCUAUUCAGUUCACUCAUUAACACAAAUUUAUCGAGUGCCUGCUGGGUGCAAGGGAUUCAAUUUAUGCCUAUUGAUAUCUGCGGACCAAGAUACCAGUUUAGUGAAGUACUUUUCCCUGAAAUCUGUUAGGAAACACUUUGAAAUACUUAAGUGCAAAUUUUGUGUGUGUGAAAUUUAGUUCUAUCUUCAUCUUCAGGUGAAGUUUUAAAGCACUUUGUAGUUCUCUAUUGCCAACAGACUUAAUGUUUUAUGUGUUGCCAAUUCUUGCAACCACUGUCCUAGUAAAGCUGCGAGUUGCAAACAAGAAUUAAAAUUCCAAGCACGUUUCAAAGAGGAACAUUUUUGUUAAGACCCCUGUUGCCUCUUCUUCAUGCUCAUUGUGUUUUUAGACUUUUUUUACAGGCACUUUUUCCAUCACAUUGUAGAUGUCUGUUCCCAUUGGAAAUGUCUGUUUAGCUUUAUAAAACAUUUUGCUGAAAUAUGAAAUUGCGCCUUAUUGGAAUUAAGUGCUUCUUGCAGCAGGUGGUCAAAGAAUGACUAAUACAUGACCCGUUAGAGUAACCCACGUCUGGACCAUUCCCGAGGUUUUUCUCACCAACAAUACCAUCAUGCCUUGAGUGUUCUUUUCUCCCAAGUGCUAUUCCUUACACAAGAGAGUUUACCAAUUGCCUAAUUAUGCAAUGAAAAUUGCUUUAAGAUGGCUAACUGCCCACAAAACCAGUGAAAAGCAAAUUGCUUAUAAAAUAACUUUCUUCCCAUGUUCCCAUUUGAAGAAAGUCUUACAGUUGGGAAGCAGGUGUCCCUCCCUCAAUUUUUCAGACAUUUUGCAAGGAUGACAAUUUGGUUAGUCAGAUGGGUGAGCUUCUAUAUUCUUAAGUUGUUAAUCCCUCAUAAUGAGGAAUUUUAAAGUAUUUAUAAAGACACUGCCCUCUAAAAAUUUCCUCAGAUUCUGAAGAGUGGUCUUGGUCCUGAAUAAACAGUGUUAUCCUGUAUGUUUAAAAGGGUGAUCCACACACGAGAAGCAACUAGUUGGUGCAUAAGAAGGCCCUACUUGGCUAUUUCAUACCUACCUACAACUGACCAAAAUUUUUUAGGCCAGCAAUUAUUAUUCAGCUUCGCUCCUUCUAGUGCAAGAAACUAUAGGCUGGGUCAGUAGUUCAAUAGCUAAACAGUCAUAAAAGAGUCACUGUGCAUGUUAAACUUCUUUCAACUAUAAAACAAAUUCCAAUUUCUAUUUACUUAUUCAUUGUGACAGUAUUACUAAACAGGUAAGGAUGGGAAUAUUUUGUUAUACCGUGUAUAGUGAAUGUAUUGUACUGUGUCUGUGAAAACUGUGCUUUAAAUUAUAUUUUCAUAUGUUUUGUUGGGGACAGAGCACAUUAAGUUUGAAAGCAACAGAGGUUUGUUUUAGAACUGAAGGCAACUUAAUGAAUCAAAAUUCCUGUCAAGAAAAGCUGCUUAUAAAUGUAAAUGAAAUCACAUUUAAAAUAAACUGCCUCUGACCCAAAAUAAA